AUGCUUGAAGAGUAUGGGAAGUUAGGUGCAAAGCCAAGUUCAGUUCCCAUGGAAGUAAAUAUUAAAAUUAAGCAUACAACUGAAGAUGUCAUUUCUGAUCCAAUAGUUUACAAACAAUUAAUAGGAAAAGUAAUGUAUAUAGCAUUGACUAGACCAGAUAUUGCUUAUAGUAUACAUGUUCUAUCACAAUUUAUGGACAAGUCCUCACAGACACAUAUGAAAGCUGGUUACAAAGUGCUCAACUAUCUUAAGAAUGCUCUUGGUCAGGGUCUGUAUCUUGAUGCAAGUUCAAAGCUAAUACUGUUGGCUUAUUCUAAUAGUGACUGGGCGAGUUGUGUAGAGAUUAGGAUAUCAUUAACUAGGUUUUGCAUUUUUCUUGAACAGUCUCUUAUUAGUUGA